AAAAAAAAAAAAAGAAACAUGCAGAAUCCUGCCUGCGUAAGCAUUUGGUGGAGGUUUUCGGGGAUAUUCAAGGAUGAUACUCAAUGGCUAGGCCCUGAUUGGGCAUCUGUAAGAUUUGUCCAUGUAGGCAGUUAAAAGAAGGUAGUAGUUGUCGUGGAAUAUCCAUGCCGUUACUUGCAUGCAGCAAGUAAGAAUUAAGCGCUAGUCACGUACAUAUUUUUCCCACACCGCAGAUAGUGACUCAAAAUUGUUCGACAGACCUCAACUCAACUCAACUCCACUCAUAUUACACAGCCCAUAUAAAUCGAGACAGAGAAGCCCGCACAACCGCAAGGCUUCGUCCACCCAGAAUAGCAAAGCUGUUUCUGCGUCGAGCCCUCCGCUCAUUCCAGAGCAUCCCAUUCCAGAGCAUCACAGCGCCUCGCUUCAGCUCCCGCCUCUCCAUCGCCGCAACCAUGUCCGCCCUCAGCUCCCAGCAGUACACUCCCACCGAGGAGGCCGAGAUCCAGCAGUGGCUCACCACCUCCGAGCGCCUCAAGUCCGCCGACAACAAGUCCGAGAUCCUCGAGACCCUCAAUGGCCACCUGUCCAGCCGCACGACGCUCCUCGGCAGCAAGCCCAGCAAGGCUGAUGUCGCCAUCUACGAGACCCUCGCUCCCCUCGUUGCCAAGUGGACUCCCGAGGAGCGCACCGGCGAGAAGGGCUUCCCUAACAUUGUCCGCCACGUUGAUUUCGUCCAGAACGCCGCCGUCUUCGGCCUGGAGCUGAAGGACGAGCAAAAGGUCACGGUUAACCAGGAUGAGGUCUUGUAUGUCAAGCCUCCCGUUGACGCAAAGGCCGAAAAGGAGCGCCUCAAGAAGGAGAAGGCUGCUGCUGCCGCCGCUGCCGGAGGCGAGGCUACUCUUGCCGACCGCACCAAGGAAAAGGCCAAGGAGGUCAAGGAGAAGGCCAAGGAGGUCGUUGGCGACGCCAAGGCCGCUGUGGCCGGUGCUGCUGGCGGCGACAAGCCCAAGAAGGAGAAGAAGGAGAAGGCCCCCAAGCCCCAGAAGGCCCCCGCUGCCGCUGCUCCUCUGUCCCCCAGCCUGAUCGACCUUCGUGUUGGUCACAUCCUCAAGGCCAUCAACCAUCCCGAUGCCGACUCCCUCUUCGUUUCCACCAUUGCCAUGGGUGACCCCGCUGGCGAAGACACCUCCGAGUACGAGGGCCAGAUCUGCCGAACCGUCUGCUCCGGCCUCAACGGCCUUAUUCCCCUCGAGGAGAUGCAGGGCCGCAAGGUCGUCGUUGUGGCCAACCUUAAGCCCGUCAAGAUGCGAGGCAUCAAGUCGUGCGCCAUGGUCCUCGCCGCCUCGCCCAAACUCAAGGAGGGCGAGGUUGACGACCACAAGGGCCCCGUUGAGCUGGUCACUCCUCCCGAAGGCUCCAAGGCCGGUGAGCGAGUCUACUUUGAGGGAUGGAAGGGCGAGCCCGAGGGUGUUCUCAACCCCAAGAAGAAGAUUUGGGAGAUGUUCCAGCCUGGAUUCACCACCACUGACGGCCUUGAGGUUGCUUUCGACGCCAGUGUCGUUGAGCAGCUGGGCAAGACUGAGGUUGGCAAGCUGGUCACUGAGAGUGGUGGUGUCUGCACAGUCAAGACUUUGAAGGGUGCUGUUGUUCGAUAAAUAGAUCCAAGUAGACCAAGUUAAACACGAUGAACAAUACAUGAAUUACUGUACAUGAUUCGAAUCCAUUGC